AUGGCAACAACAACAUCAGAGACAACGAAGACAUCUUCUUCCAAUGGAGAAGACAAGCAAUCUCAGAAUCUCCGACACCAAGAAGUCGGUCACAAGAGUCUCUUACAAAGCGACGAUCUCUACCAGUAUAUUCUGGAGACAAGUGUGUAUCCAAGAGAACCAGAAUCAAUGAAAGAACUCAGGGAAGUCACAGCAAAACACCCUUGGAACAUAAUGACAACAUCAGCUGAUGAAGGACAGUUUCUCAACAUGCUCAUCAAGCUCGUUAACGCCAAGAACACAAUGGAGAUCGGUGUUUACACUGGCUACUCCCUUCUCGCCACCGCUCUUGCUCUCCCCGAAGACGGCAAAAUUCUAGCCAUGGACGUUAACAGAGAGAACUACGAGUUGGGUUUACCGAUCAUCGAGAAAGCUGGCGUUGCUCACAAGAUCGAUUUUAGGGAAGGCCCUGCUCUUCCUGUUCUUGAUGAACUCGUUGCUGACGAGAAGAAUCAUGGAACAUACGACUUCAUAUUCGUUGAUGCUGACAAAGACAACUAUAUCAACUACCAUAAACGUUUGAUCGAUCUUGUGAAAGUUGGAGGAGUGAUUGGCUACGACAACACUCUUUGGAACGGCUCUGUCGUGGCUCCUCCUGAUGCACCGAUGAGGAAAGACUUUGUUCUUGAGCUUAACAAGGCUCUUGCUGCUGACCCUAGGAUCGAGAUAUGCAUGCUCCCUGUUGGUGAUGGAAUCACUAUCUGCCGUCGGAUCAGUUGA